ACACAGCAGGCUUGCGUUACAGAGGUAAGAUUACUAUGGAGUUUUUGAAGUUUAUUACUAACCUCUGCUCAUAUUUGAUCAUUUAUCUUUAAUUUCAGUGUCACAAACUCCAGAACAUGUCACACACUUCAGAUCGUGUUAUUCGCUACAGUGAGAAAAACACGUGAUAAUAUUUGCAGUGGGAUAUGGCAGUGUCUGGUUUAAGUUUUCAUUAUUGCAUGUUUAAAGCUCACACUGGGGUUGUGUUUAAGCGGGAUAAAACCAUGUGCAUGAUGGGUAUUAGUCAUUAGGUUAUAUUAACAUGUUUAACUAUGUUAUCAGGUGUGGAUUCAUCACCUGGGUCCUGUCUGAACUUGUGUCUUUUUGUUUUAUUAUUGUGCAGUCAGCAGAGAUCACCAUGGUGCUGAGCCCUGUCAUUUCAAAACUUGUGGGUAAAUUGGUUGUACUGGCAAGUGCUUCUCCCAGAAGACAAGAUAUUCUUCGAAAUGCAGGUUUAAGAUUUGAGGUGGUGCCAUCCUGGUUCAAAGAAACUCUUGAAAAGGGACUUUUCACAGCCCCACAUGAGUAUGCUGUCGAGACCGCCAAGCAGAAGGCACUAGAAGUGGCCAGGAGGAUGCCUUUUAAACACCUGAAAACUCCAGACAUGGUCAUAGGAGCAGACACUAUUGUGUCUGUUGAUGGCCUGAUACUUGAAAAGCCAACAGAUAAGGAUGAUGCUUACAGAAUGCUGUCGAGCCUGAGUGGUAAAGAACAUAGUGUUUUUACCGGGGUCGCCAUUGUCCUUUGUCAUGGAAAAGAAGAUGAUGGAAUAGACUACCAAUUAAUUGACUUCUAUGAAGAAACAAAGGUUAAGUUUGCUGAUCUGUCAGAAGAUAUGCUCUGGGAGUACAUUAACAGCGGUGAACCCAUGGACAAGGCUGGGGGCUAUGGUAUUCAGGCUCUCGGUGGCAUGCUGGUGGAGUACGUCCAUGGAGACUUCCUCAAUGUUGUCGGGUUCCCUCUCAACCACUUUUGCAAACAGUUGGGGCUAAUUUACAACAACCUUCCUUCCUCCAACCGAAAUAGUACCUCUGUCAAACUAGGCCCUCAUGGCCAAGACACCAGCACAGUUAUACCUCAAGGCUUAUCUGGCAACCCAUCUGCCAGCCCCUCUGCAAGCCCAGUUCAUAAGGUUAAAAGAAAAGAUUGCCAGAUGAGUGUGGGUGAAGGUUCGCAGCAAUUGACCAACAGCCUGUCCAAACAUAGUGGAGACAGCCAGGGGUCAGAGCACAUGUCAUUACAAAAUAUCACCAGCAGAGGGCGGAGUGUAUCUGUUGGAGAAAACACUGUACCUAAGAAGGCAGAUUUACAGAGGAUUAUUACACUAAUGGAUGGAUUCAGGGCUUCAAAGGCGUUAUUUACGGCGUCAAAGAUGGGGGUGUUUGACCUGCUACAGAAGAGCCCUGGUCUGGAUGCUGAGCAGGUGGCAGCUGAAAUCAAAGCUUCAGUCAAAGGGACACAGUGUCUGCUGGAGGCCUUGGUGUCUCUGGGACUGUUAACCCCCAGUGACCAAUGUCAUCAUCAGAAGCCAGUGUACAAGAACAGCACUCUGGCAGCACAGUUUCUGGGGUCAGACUCUCCGUUCUCUUUGCACAGUUACAUUUUGCACACAGAUAAUGUGGUGUGGCCUCUCUUCUCUCAUCUUGAAAAUGCUGUACGCGACGGAACAAAUCAGCAUGAACAGGCGUUUGGCAAGAAAGCACAAGAUCUGUUUCAGGACACUUACUAUGACAGCCAGGCGUUAAAACUGAGGUUUAUGAAUGCCAUGCACAGCAUUGCUAAAGUUACAGGGAAAGCUGUAGCAACAGCGUUUGAUCUCUCCACGUAUAAAACGGCCUGUGACCUCGGAGGUUGCACUGGAGCUAUUGCUCAUGAAUUAACCAAAGCGAAUCCUCAGAUGUCUGUCACAGUGUUUGACUUACCUGCAGUUAUUGAAAUGAGAGACAGAUUUCAGCCUCAGCACCUGGACAAAGACCACAGGGUGUCUUUCAUGGCAGGAGACUUCUUUAAAGACGACUUACCCAAAGCAGACUUGUAUGUGCUGGCCAGAAUCCUUCAUGACUGGGCUGACGACAAAGUCGAGAUCCUGCUGAGUAAAAUUGCAGAAGUGUGUAAACCAGGCUGUGCGUUGCUCAUAGCUGAGACCAUGUUGGAGGGACCAACCCCUCACUCUGCGCUCCAGUCUCUCAACAUGCUCGUCCAGACAGAGGGGACAGAGCGGACACAUAGACGCUACACAAAACUACUGAAGAAACAUGGAUUUGGACACACACGUGUGGUUUACACCAUGAACUUCCUUGAUGCCCUUUUAGCUGUUAAAAAAUAAUUCAGAAACGCACAUGCCACUGCCAUUGAAAAUAAAAGCUUUUUAUUAUGUUACUGUACGUUUUUCCCCUGGUAUUUUACCUAAAACAAAUGAGACAAAUAAGACAGCAGACCAAAGUAAUGCAAUGUGCAGUUAGUUAUGACUAUUCCUACUGCUGCCACGAGACGCCCACACAUUUCUUGGCAUAAAAAUGUGAUAAUUAUUUUAAUGUAACUUUUUUUAUUUUGCAGUAGCCUUAUUAAUGUUUUAAAUCCCUUCGUGCAUUCCUGCCUUUCUCCAUAAAAGAUGUUCUAAUGUAAUAUCUUUCCAAAUACAGUUUUGUAUUUCACAAGGCCUCAGUUUCCGCAGCCAAGUUUCUGUCUAAAGUGUGGCCACGUCUCCAGUCAGAGCAAACAGAUCCUAUUGUCUGUGACGCUCUAAGUGUCUCUAGAUUACUCCUUGUUUUGGAUCGCUCUCCCGGUGUUUUCCUUGAAGGGUAAUGGGGGUGGUCAUGUUAUUUAUGACUAUUUUCCUGUCAGUCCAGAUCCAAGCUCAUGGUGAUAUCUGAUACAUUACUGACAUUAUGUUUGUUUGAUCAAUAAAGACAGAAUGGGGUACAGCAGAGGUC